AUGGGACAUCGCUUCUGGGGCGUCAUAUCGCAGCCCGUGAUCGCCGCUUUCUGCGCAGGCGGCAUCGCCGGCGCUGUGUCCCGCACAGUCGUGUCGCCGCUUGAGCGCCUCAAGAUUCUGUUCCAAGUCCAAAGCGCCGGGCGCGACGCCUACCAGCUCAGUGUCGGCAAGGCACUGGCCAAGAUGUGGAGGGAGGAGGGCUGGCGCGGCUUUAUGCGAGGCAAUGGUACCAACUGCAUCCGAAUCGUCCCCUACUCGGCCGUCCAGUUCGGGAGUUACAAUUUCUAUAAGAGGAACCUUUUCGAACGGUACAAUGGAGACUCGCUCACGCCUCUAGCGCGCCUGACGUGUGGCGGUAUGGCCGGCAUCACCUCGGUCACCUGCACCUACCCGCUAGACAUCGUGCGCACGCGGUUGUCGAUCCAGUCUGCCUCAUUCACAGAGCUUGGCGCAAAACCCAACAAGCUCCCCGGGAUGUGGCAGACGUUGAUAACCAUGUACAAAACAGAGGGAGGGGUUGUCGCACUGUACCGAGGCAUUGUUCCCACCGUUGCAGGCGUCGCGCCAUACGUGGGCCUAAAUUUCAUGACGUACGAGUUUGUGCGACAGUACUUGACCUUGGACGGCGAGCAGAACCCCAGUGCCGCUAGGAAGCUGGUUGCUGGCGCAGUUUCUGGAGCCGUUGCGCAAACAUGCACAUAUCCAUUCGAUGUAUUACGGCGCCGGUUCCAGAUCAACACCAUGUCAGGCUUGGGCUAUCAGUACAAGUCGAUCCCGGAUGCGGUCCGUAUCAUCGUCGCCCAGGAAGGGAUCAAGGGCAUGUACAAGGGAAUUGUGCCCAAUCUCCUCAAGGUCGCGCCGAGCAUGGCAUCCAGCUGGCUCAGUUUCGAAAUUUGUCGGGAUUUCUUCGUCAGCUUAAAACCCGUGGAGGAACCGCUCUUGCGAUGA